CUACAUUAGUGAGGAUUAACCAAACCUAAAUACUAUUUUAAUGUCUCCUCCUCUGGUGAUGGCCCAUCAAGCAACUUGACUUACAGUUCAACCCCGCAGUCCUGUUCAUGGCAGUCGUUACGGGUAAAUGCUUCCUAGUCACCGGACCACCGGGCGUGGGUAAAACGACGCUGGUGAUGAGAGUAGUCGAGAGCCUUCGAGCUUCCCAUCCAGAACUCAACAUUCAAGGAUUCUACACCCGAGAGAUUAGGGAGGGCUCACAGAGAGCUGGGUUUGAAGUGGUGACGUUGGAUGGUAGGCGCGGACCUCUGGCGUCGUCAACUGCGUCGAGUAGGGAAUCCCUCAGGUGGCCUUGCGUUGGAAAAUACAAAGUAGAUUUGGCAUCUUUUGAGGCAAUAGCUUUGCCUGAAUUAGAAGUUAAAGAAGGCACAGAUCUUUUCAUCAUAGAUGAAGUGGGCAAAAUGGAGCUUUUCAGUUCUUUAUUUUUUCCUGCUGUUUUGAAAGUUCUUGAAUCCAAUAUCCCGAUUCUGGCCACUAUACCCAUACCCAAGUCUGGUCGUGACAUCACUGAAGUUUCUAGGUUACGAAAUCAUCCAGUGGCUGCAGUAAGCACACUCAAUACCGGGAAUAGAGAUGCCAUUAGAGAGACCAUAUACACUCAGAUUGUCAGCUUACUGCAAAAACACUGAGGUUCCAUUCUGGACGAUACACGCUUCAGAAAUUAAGCAGAGGGACCAUUCGGACGACAAACUUGCUGCUAUAACGGUACAGUCUCCUUUGUGCAAUUUUUUUUUUUUUUCGUUGGCUGUGCUCUAUUGUUCAAAUAUGUUGAGACAAUGUUACCGUUGGGAUGAUCUAGUUGGCUCAUCAAAAUUCGGGCUAAUUGGGGAGGUUGAUGAUAGUGUGAUGGUGAUAGCAACCAAUAAUGUACUUGCUGAGUGCUUUGAAUGUAAAAUUUUGUGUAUCUCAAUGCCAUGAGUGCGUUAGUGGCAAUAAGUUUAAGUUUUUGUAGUCAAAUUGAAGAGUUCCAUAUA